CAGGGGCAUUCUUCUUACGCAGCGGGUUUGCCGGACGUUCUUUCCUCCCAAACCCCAGAACUCCGUACCAGUUUCGAGAGGGAACAGUACGUACCUGCCUCACCAAACUACACUACUACCGCAAAUAGCCUAGACUCUGGCCCCAAACUUGUAGGUGGCAGGGCAGGGGCGCUCUUUCCUUGUCUGGUUCACAAGCUCUCAAUGUUGUUACGAGCCGGUACACUCCGCUGUCGCCCGCCUGCCAGGCCAUUCAAAACAACAAAUUGUUUUUCUUCUGAACUUGGACCGCAUCCCACUCACAUUUACCUUCAAUUUUCCACACUUCCAACCUUCACUUAUCUUACUAUCUCACACCACCACUCCAUCUCACCCAUAGGUCUUCUCCCAGCUACAAUACACACGUAACGACCCUUGAACCGGCCGUAUACGUAUAUAUAUAUAUAUACAUCACAAUUCAACUUCCCAAACUCCAGCCUCACGUCAGUUGACGUUCAUUCGCAAUGCCGUCCCCCGCCACAAAGCAGCGGAAGAUCGCCAUCGUAGGUAGUCGCUCUGUUGGCAAAUCUUCACUCGCUGUGCGCUUUGUGGAUGGGCACUUUGUCGAAUCCUACUAUCCCACCAUCGAGAAUACCUUCUCAAAGGAAAUCAGGUGGAAGAACCAGGAUUACUCAACCGAGAUCGUCGACACAGCGGGCCAGGAUGAAUAUUCGAUUUUGAAUAGCAAGCAUUUCAUCGGCAUCCACGGCUACAUGCUGGUCUACUCCGUUUCUUCACUGGCAUCUUUUGAAAUGGUCCAGGUUAUCCGUGAUAAGAUUCUCAACCAUCUGGGUACCGACAACGUACCCAUCUGCAUCGUCGGCAACAAGAGUGAUCUCCGUCCUGAACAGCGCCAGGUCACUCCUGAGGACGGCAAGGCUCUCGCCGAGAAAUACAAAUGCGCCUGGACUGAGGCUAGUGCUCGCUAUAACGAGAACGUCGCCAGAGCAUUUGAGCUUCUCAUCGGCGAGGUUGAGAAGUCAAAUAACCCCACGGCGACCAACGAGAACGGAAAGUGCGUGGUCAUGUAAGACAGUCAACGCGACUCUGUCUUCGCCGUCAGUAGGGAGAGAUGACCAUCAAUAUCUCUCGUGAGCAGUGGCGCGCUCAAAAGUCGGUUCUUCUUGUGAGCGAUGGCAAGCUCCAUGACAGACACAGAUCAGGGAUUUCCAUGCAUACAUGAAGACGACACAACAACCACAGACCUCCUCACCGUUAUAUACGGCUGUUAUUUGCAGCACAUCUUGCUCAUGGUUCAUGACAGCACAUGGUGGUGUGGCAGCCCCCAUGCAGCAUGGUACGGACAGACGUCACCAAGGCGUUGAACAGCUGUCCUUGGCUUGUAUCCUUCACCCACGAAAAGGGUAUUGGAUUUGGCACAUCUCGAAAGGGAGAGCAGAUUUCUUUUAUCAAACAAUGGUUUGAGGUAUUCAGCCUUGUCCUACCGCAAACGGAGCUUUCUUGGCCGCCUACUCCAUCACCGGACAGCACGCAAUUUUCACGACCUUGUUUCUGUUUUUCGCGGGAAGCACUGGCGCGCAGGAGAGAAGUCAAGUGCUUUUUCUCUUUUGGCUUUAUCAUGGUCUUUUCUUUUUCCAUUUUUUUUUUUAUUUGUUCCUUGUUCGUUGAGUUACACUCGGCGUUAGAUAUAAACGAGACUCAACUCGGCUUGUGGAUAUAGAGAAGGGAUUUUGACACUAUACCUUGUUCAUGUGUUCACAUCAUUUGGCGGCAAGACUGCAUCGAUGUGAUUGGGGAAUGAUUGGCUGGGGCUUAAAUGGGGAGAGGCGGCGGGUAUCAUUUCUCCUUAAUAAGGUUUGAUGGGAUUUGAAGAAAGUUGACCUUGUCUAUAUGAGAUCAAGAAGCCAAUGAACGACGGGCAUUGUUGCUCAUGUUAGAGUAAAGUUUUCGAAGGGCAUAGUUGAUAGCAUAGUUGCGAACUAUGCUUGUUCAUGGUAUAGUACGCAUGUUCUCUAUACUUCGCUCAACGUAUGCAACUGCCCUUGUGGAUUGUCAUUUGAGAACGGGUGCACAUAUAACGCGAUAUGCAAGACCGUUGAACUACUUCACGUACAUAGGGACCGAGCCACUAGAGACUGUUAUGUGAAUCGUUACGCCUACUUCCCAAG